AUGUCUGAAGAUAACGAAAACAUGGCUCCGAUGAACAACGAAAAGGACAAUUUGGUGUCGGAAGAGCAAGAAGUGACACAAGAAACCGCUGGUAACAAAAAUGAAAACCAAGACGCUUCUCGCAACCAAAUCGUUGAGAAAAUGCUCGAAGAGGUUUUGGAAAAGCAGAAAAAUUUCGAACGAAUCCAUGAAAAUAUGCUCAAAGAGGUUGUAGAGAAGCAGAAAAUUUUUGAAACUUCUUUAGUCGAUGAGCUCCGUUCCGUCAAAAGCGAACUUCAAUUGAUUCGAGAUGAUUUGAAACCAAAAACAGUGACAGCAUCAGUUCCGGUAAAAAGGGAUAUUGAGAAUACAACUGAUUCGGACUCAAAAAAUGAGAGUGCUACCAUGCCGACUACUGGAAAAUACUUCGUUUUAAAGCAUGUUUUCGAGAAUGUCUCAAGUUUGAAGGAAAAUGUAGAUCAGUGGUCAGAAGCUGAGGAACACUUUGGUUUUAAAUGCAACAGAUCUACCACGUCGGGAUGGUCACGAUUUAUCGAAUGGAGUGUAUUGAAAAAAGACUUUCUUGUGGACGGCAAGCUGACAGCUGAAGUUCACAUCAAAGUCGGGAAAACAUCUGGUGUUUACAAAGAAAAUCUGAGAAGUUUCGACGAGACAAUGGAAGAAUUCUCUGAUGUUGUACUAGUUGUCAAUGAAGAGAAAUUCAACGUUUCAAAGUUGUAUUUGGCUGCUCAAUCUUCAUAUUUCAAAGCUUUGUUUUUGGGGAAAUUCAAUGAAUCGGAAAAAUCUGAAAUCGAAUUGACUGGAAUCGACGCAGAUGACUUUCAGAAGUACAUCGAAGUUCUUUAUGGAGAAAGUGCAAUUGACGAAUUCACAGUAGAAGGUAUUCUUAUGGUGGCUGACAUGUACGAUACUCCAUUAGUCAUUCGAAAGUGCGAGGAGUUUCUACUCGAAAAAUCUAAGAAAUCAUUGAAGAAAAAAUUGCAAAUGUCCAUGAAAUACCAUCUGGAAGCAUUGAAUAAACAAUGCCGCAAGGAGAUCAAAUCGGUUGCUGACAUCAAAUCAGUUCUCCCAGGAGAUAUUCGUGAUUUGGAUCCAUCAAUUACCACGGAGUUUUUGGAAAUUGCUCUCUCUAUUCAAUAA